GGUGCUGAAGUCCUCGCCUUGGCCGCCUCCGCCGCUGCGGCCUCCUGUCCGGGAUUGGCGUCUCGUGUUUCCUUGGCUCGCUCGCCGGCGGGUUCGCGCCCUUCUCGCGCCCCCGGGGCAGCGAGGCUGGGGAGGGGGUUGGCUGGGGGCUGUUGAUUGGCGCCGUGAAGGGGCGGCCGGGCGGCCAUGUCGGCCGGCGAGGUGGACCGCCUUGUGUCGGAACUGAGCGGCGGGACCGGAGGGGACGAGGAGGAAGAGUGGCUGUAUGGCGGCCCGUGGGACGUGCACGUGCACAGUGACUUGGCCAAGGACCUAGAUGAAAAUGAAGUUGAAAGGCCAGAAGAAGAAAAUACCAGUGCUAAUCCUCCAUCUGGGGUUGAAGAUGAAGCCGCUGAAAAUGGCGUACCAAAACCGAAAGUGACCGAGACAGAAGAUGAUAGUGAUAGUGACAGUGAUGAUGAUGAGGAUGAUGUUCACGUCACCAUAGGAGACAUAAAAACGGGAGCUCCACAGUAUGGGAGUUAUGGUACAGCACCUGUAAAUCUUAAUAUCAAGACAGGAGGAAGAGUUUAUGGAACUACAGGAACAAAAGUCAAAGGGGUAGACCUUGAUGCCCCCGGGAGCAUUAAUGGAGUCCCACUCCUGGAGGUCGAUCUGGACUCUUUUGAAGAUAAGCCAUGGCGGAAACCUGGUGCUGAUCUUUCCGAUUAUUUUAAUUAUGGAUUUAAUGAAGAUACUUGGAAAGCUUACUGUGAAAAGCAAAAGAGGAUACGAAUGGGACUUGAAGUUAUACCAGUUACCUCUACUACCAAUAAGAUUACGGCCGAAGACUGUACUAUGGAAGUUACACCAGGUGCAGAGACCCAAGAUGACAGAUUCAAUCUUUUUAAGGUGCAGCAGGGAAGAACUGGAAAUUCAGAGAAAGAAGCGGCACUUCCAUCUACCAAAGCUGAGUUCACUUCUCCUCCCUCUUUGUUCAAGACUGGGCUCCCACCAAGCAGGAACAGCGCCUCAUCUCAGUCUCAACCGAGUGCUGCCUCCAGAAAAGCCAGCUCAAGCGUGGGCAAGUGGCAGGAUCGCUACGGGAGGGCUGAAUCGCCUGAUCUAAGGAGAUUACCUGGGGCAAUCGACGUUAUUGGUCAGACUAUCACCAUUAGCCGAGUAGAAGGCCGGCGCCGGGCCAAUGAAAACAGCAACAUUCAGGUCCUUUCUGAAAGAUCGGCUGCUGAAGUGGACAACAAUUUUAGCAAACCACCUCCGUUUUUCCCUCCGGGAGGUCCUCCUACCCACCUUCCACCGCCUCCGUUUCUUCCACCUCCUCCAACUGUCAGCACUGCUCCACCUCUGAUUCCACCACCAGGUAUUCCAAUAACUGUACCACCUCCAGGUUUUCCUCCACCACCAGGCGCUCCUCCGCCAUCUCUUAUCCCAACGAUAGAAAGUGGGCAUUCCUCUGGUUAUGAUAGUCGUUCUGCACGGGCAUUCCCAUAUGGCAAUGUGACGAAGAGCGAUACAGAUACAGAGAAUAUGCAGAGAGAGGGUAUGAGCGUCACAGAGCGAGUCGGGAGAAAGAAGAGCGGCACAGAGAGAGACGGCACAGGGAGAAGGAGGAGACCAGACACAAGUCCUCUCGAAGUAACAGUAGACGUCGCCAUGAAAGUGAAGAAGGAGACAGUCACAGGAGGCACAAACACAAAAAAUCUAAAAGAAGCAAAGAAGGAAAGGAGGCUGGCAGUGAGCCCGCCCCUGAGCAGGAGAGCACUGAGGCGGCACCUGCAGAGUAGGCGUGGGCGGGGCCUUUUGUGUACAGCAGUACCAGAACUAGAUACUGUAAAUCUUGUUAUUUUUCUGGAUAAUGUUUAAGAAAUUCACCUUUAAUCUUGUUCUGUUAGUAUGAAAAGUUAACUUUUUUUCCAAAAUAAAAGUCAAUUUUUCAUGUUAAGUUAAAAAUCUUUGUCAUGUAAUAUUUAAAAAAUAAAACAUCUAGUGAAGUAAUGUGAGUGAGUCACGUGUAGGGAUUCCAGAGCACUGUGGCUGUGGUACGCGGUGUCCGAGAAAGGUCAGGCCGCGCCUCGGCCCCGGUUUUCUUGGCAAUCAGCAGUCUCAUCGAGGCUGCACCGCAGAACCAUCAGAAGGCCCUCUUGAGUCUCUGUCUUCACGGCCGGGGCGUUCUUGUUCCUGCUGCGCAUGGUCAACAACUCGGGCACGUGGUUGCUUGUACACGGCUUGUUUUGUUCCUGGUUUUUGUUUCUGUUUUUUCGGUGGGGGGAGACAGAUGCAGCCAGCUCCCAUCUGCUGAUUUAAUCCCUGCGACAGCCUGGACUGGACCCCGCUGAAGCUGGGAACCCGGAAUUCGAUUCGGGUCUCCCACGUGGGUAGCAGGAACCCAACCGCUUGAGCCGUUGAGCCAUCAUCUACUGCCUCCCAGGAUUAGCAGGAAGUUGGAACCAGGAGCAGGAGGCAGGUACUGAACCCAGGUGCUCCCCUGUGGGACCUGUGUGUCCUAACUGAGGUCUUCACUAAUAGGCUAAAUGCCACCCACCCCGGCUUUUUGAUGGCAGGAUCUCACUGCAUGGGGAAACUGGAUGGGGCGGUUUAAUAUGUAAAUUACACAGUUGGAAGGCAUUUGGGUGGCCUCUGUGAAGUCACUUGCUCUGGUGUGGUUCCAGCAUGGAUCAUUGUUAGCAGCGUGGAUCCCCUCACGCCGGCUGGCGUGGCCCUGCUUGGUGCAUUCUCCCAGGCUCGUUGGUAGAGCUGCACGUGCAGUUCCCGCCAGUUACUAGUUACGUUGUGAGGACAACUGAACGUCAUUUCUUAUUAAGCCACAAAAACCCAAGUUUGUAAUUCUGUGAGCAUUUUUAGGGAUAACUCUCAGAGAUAAUUCUCCAGUCACAUAAACAGAUAACUUGGUAUUUGAAAGAACAGAUUGCUGGGUUCUUAGAAAUGGUGCCGACAGAAGGAAACUUACAAUUAGCAUCACAUACAAAAGGCGGCUAUGGUUUGUGGAAAAAU